AUGUCAAGUAGUUCAAGUUCAAAGAAGUCAAAAGCCGAGGAUAAACAACCCAAUCUUCGUGAAUUCUUGUUUAAAAGAAUGAAAUCCCAAGGAUCAUUUAACGAAACCAUUGACUCUCCUCCUUCUCCUUUAAGUUCCCCUCCAACUCAAGAUGUUAAUAUGGAAAGAGGUGGUUCAAGUGCUUGUGAUGAACCAUUGGAUGAUGAUUGUGAUGAACCAUUGGAUGAUGAUUGGGUGUAUGAUGUUGAACUUCUUCCUCAUGACCCGGGAUUGAGAAAAAACAUAAUGGAUUAUCCCCCAAAUGAAAGAAAUCCGGUUAGGAGAGCUUAUAUUCUUAAAAAACCUUUCCAACCAAAAACACAAGUUUCCCCUCAAAAACAAGUAAGUGGUUUACGCCGUUUUAGUGUCAAUUGGUUCAAAAAAUGGGAUUGGCUUGAAUAUAGUGUUGAAAAAGAUGCCGCAUUUUGCUUUGCUUGUUAUUUGUUCAAGAGGGAUGUUGAAAUUUACAAUGGGGGUGAUGCAUUUGUUAAUGGAGGGUCUAAAUGGUGGAAUAAACCGGAUAGGUUUCAAAAGCAUGUUGGUGGAGUUAAAAGUGCUCAUAAUGUUGCUUAUGAGAAAUAUGUGAAUCUAAGAGAUGCAAAAAAGACAUCAAUUGAAGUUGUGUUUGAUAAUGCGAGUCAAGCUCAAAUGGAUUCAUAUCAUAUUCGUUUGAAUGCAUCCUUAACUUGUUUGAGAUUUCUUUUGGGCCAAGGUUUGGCAUUCCGGAGACAUGAUGAAAGUGAGGAGUCAAAUAGUAGGGGUAACUUUCUUGAGCUUUUGAAGUGGUUAGGGGAGAAGGUUGACGAAGUCAAACAACAUACUUUCCAAAAUGGACCCAAAAAUUGUCAAUUGACAUCUCCCAAAAUUCAAAAAGACAUUAUCAAUUGUUGUGCAAAGGAGACUACCAAGCACAUAAUAGAAGAGGUUGGAGAUGGUUACUUUUCUAUUUUGGCCGAUGAAUCAAGUGAUGUGUCUCAAAAAGAACAACUAGCUCUUGUUUUGCGGUUUGUUAAAAGAGAAAGUGGAUCGGUAGUGGAACGCUUUUUAGGCAUUGUACAUGUGGGUGACACUACCGCUUUAUCUCUUAAAGAUGCAAUUUUUUCCUUACUUAUGGAAUAUUCAUUGAGUCCAUCCAUGAUAAGAGGUCAAGGGUAUGAUGGGGCGAGUAACAUGAGAGGUGAAAUCAAUGGCCUUAAGAGUUUGAUUAUGACUCCAAGAGCCUACUACAUUCAUUGUUUUGCACAUCAACUACAACUAGCUCUAGUUGCGGUUGCUAAAAAGAAUGAUAGUUGUGGUUGGCUUUUUGAAGUACUUGCAAACUUGUUGAAUGUGGUUGGAGCUUCUUGUAAGAGAAGAGACAUGAUUCGAAAAAAGCAAGCUCAAGUAGUGGCUCAAGCAUUGGAAGUGGGGGAAAUUGAAAGUGGAUCGGGUUUAAAUCAAGAACGUGGUUUGAGUGGGCCGGGAGAUACACGUUGGGGAUCUCAUUACAAGUGUCUAAUAAAUAUCACGAACUUGUUUCCUUCAAUUAUUGAAGUACUUGAAUGGAUUGGAAAACAUGGCACUUCGGACGAUAAGUUCAAAGCUCAAAUUGUUUUGGGAUUUUUGGAGUCAUUCGAUUUUGUUUUGUGGCUCAUAUGA